GGGAGGGGGAGAGAUAGGCUCAUGCUGGGUGUGUGGGUAGAUGUGUCAGGUUUUCAUUGUGUCUUCAACUCGUGUUGGAUGACUGAGGAAGGUUGUAUCCAAUAAAUCGACCCGUGGUCAAUUCAGCUUCCCCACCGAUCCCCAUUCAGUCUGCGCAACUCGGCGUGUCCAGCAGAAUUGGAGGAAAUGGAUCGCUAUCGUUGUUGAGAGCAGCGAUCCAGGGGUUUCAUUGAGCCGUGGACAUUAGUCCCAUUCAGAAAACUUGUAUGGGUUGCAGUGGCCACGCCAGUACGUCGAUAUCACUUAGUGCUGUCUACCUCUCCCCCGGCGGCAGAGACUACGUUGGUCCAAGAACUCCCCGACGCCAAGAGAGAAUCGAAAAUGUUCUAGCUUCAAUACAGCCGGGAUGAACACCCUGGCAAGCAAAGGAGAUCAGGUGUAAUGCGGACUUGGUACCCACUGCGAACCGUGAACAUGAUCCUGAUGAUGAUCACUCAUCUCUCCAUGCAGGUCAACUGUUACUGGAUGUGAUCGUGCGUGGCGGUCGGGAAUAUUUCCCCCUCGGAGCCAGCCACACAAUGCGUGUGAAUUGAGUUGGACCAUGGUUGGACUUGCUACGCUCCCAACAGCGAACGAGCACUACAUGGCGAUAUCAUGUCAGGAACAAACAGCGAGAGUUAAUUGUAGGACCCGAAUGAGAGUAUGAUUAUUAUCAUCAACAACAGGUGGCCUCAGCGAAUGUAAUCGAUCAAUGGGAUAACUUUCACUCUAUUCCGAGCUGAGGACUGUUACAAGCAGAUCAUCCAUGAACAAGGUUUGUCAAUAACUAUUCGCAAGGAGCGAAUUGUGUUCGUAAACCCACAUAAGCUGUUAAACCCGCUUAUUGACUGUCACAGUCCGUCUUUAACCAGAACUGCUUCGAAGAAGUGGAAACAUUACUAAUUCAUACUUCCUUUUUGUUGUGGAUGAGCACCUUUACGUAAUCAUACCUCGACGCAAGUUAUAAACAACUUUCCAUUGGCAGAUCUCCAUUCGGACAAGUAAGAUCAUCGGAGACAAGAUUGGGGAAUUAAAUCGCCUAUUACAGUGAAGCUUAACUGGCACGGAGUCUUCGUAUCUUGGUCUAGCUCUACUGUGGCAUGCUGUGAUCCGGGCCAGUGUUCGACUGUUGUGGCUUUACGUGUUUACAGAUUUCAAUGCAUGAGCACGCAAACAUUAUUAUACCAGUCGACAUGUCCACGCUCUCGGUCAAAACGAAGCAUGGGUCGGAGCCCCCUCUACACCUGACCCCGUCUAUGCGGCGUAAGGUAGCCACUCCUAUGUACACUACGGACAUGACACGAGCUAAAACGGUCAAUAACAUCGAGGAGCAACAACUGAACAAGAAACUCCGAGACCUGGAGAAACAGCAGAGCAAGAUGCAGGCGGAGAUCUUGAACCUCAAAGCUUCCUUGCUGCCAGAGAUUAAGGUAACUUCGGCGUGGGAAGACAAAUCAACAGACGAGAAAUCCAUCCAACCCACCCAAGGUACAACCGACACCAAUCAAUUACGCCCUAAUCCACCUGCCUCAGGAUCCGAGGGGAAUCAAGAGUUGCCUAAGAACCGGAAGCGCAGUGGAUCGCUACCACCACUUUCCUUCCGUAAAGAGGCUGAAAGGGAAAGGCUGACGGCGGCACCAGAAUCAGCAGACACCGGGACUCUCUUUACCCCAUCCCCGCCGUCAAACACUGGCGGUAUCCGACGGUCCCGCUCCAUGAACGAACUUGACGGACGGGCACGCCCUCGACCCAAAUCAGCUCAUAUUGGAGCUACCGACGUCCACAACUCUAACAGACGCAGAAGUAUUUGCCUACCAAGAUCACGAAGUCUAAACUCCUCAACUGAGAGCCUGCCCUCAGAUCCUCCCAAAACCAAACGCUUAUCGAAUGCUGACGGGUCAUCCGCAGAAAAUGUUACCAGACCGCGAGCGCAGACUAUAUCAUCCCUCCUUCCGUUAAGGAAAGCUAAGAGUACUACCAACAUCAACAAAGCGGUCCGAACUCGUCGUGUCACUGUAGAUAUGGCGGAUCUAACUCGACUCGAUAAAGACAGUAUCUUCAAGAACCCAUCUUACAAUCCUGUGCUCCUGAAUGCAUCCCAAUCCCGUGCCACUAAUGGUGCACCCCGUCACAGACGAGCAACAAGCCCCGUUCGGCUCAGUCAUCUCAGUCCGGAUGCUAUGCAGCCUUCACCACCUGCAAAAUCUACCCCGACUUUACAAGACCAGUUUGAGCAACUCAAAGCCUGCAGAUAUCUCCGUGUACCUUCUGAAGACAGUGACUAAGAAACAUUGCUGCGCAAGCGUAAAACAAUAAGAAAAGCAGACACUAAACCAGGAACAAAGUAAAGUGGCGAAAACAAACAAAAUGGGUGGUUUGUUCCAUUAAAAGAUUUCCAAAGAUAAGUGCCUUAACGUAUCUUGAUA